CCUUCUCCCCUCGGAAACCCUUCACCCCUCUCUCUCUCUCUCUCCAAAUCCAUACUCCUCCUUCCCUGCCAAUACAGCAGUUUCCUAUAAUGUCGCUCUCCAGGAUUUUGUCUCGCUUCCCGAGAAUCGUAUCGGCUCAGUGCCGGAACUCCUUCGUAAUCUCUAGCCGACACCACCCGCUUCCAGUCCCAUCCAAUCAAUUUCACUCACUUGGUGAAUCUCACUAUAAGGGGUUCCUUGGAUUGGGAAUAACCACUAGUGAGAGGGCAAAAAUAGGGGGAAGGACACAGGAAAAAGCGAUGUCCACAUUACAUCAAUUGAUUCGUCAUGGCAGAGAAGAAAAACGGCGCACGAACCGUACUCGAGCAUUGGAUCAAUGUCCCCAGAAGGGAGGGGUAUGCAAGCGUGUUUCAACGAGAACACCGAAGAAACCUAAUUCAGCUCUACGUAAGAUAGCCAGAGUAGAGUUGAGCAAUAAACAAAAAAUAUUUGCUUACAUCCCAGGCGAAGGUCAUAAUUUGCAGGAGCAUUCUAUGGUCUUGAUAAGAGGAGGCAGAGUGAAAGAUUUGCCAGGUGUGAAAUUCCAUUGUAUUCGAGGAGUCAAGGAUUUGCUGGGAAUUCCGAAUCGAAGAAGAGGCAGAUCCAAAUAUGGUGCGGAAAAACCCAAAUAGAUAUGAACGGAAGAUGCCUCUGGAACUUGUUUUUAUUUUAGCUCACAACAUGGUUUUUCUCGUUCCGUAAUUCCGUCAAAUGUCAGUGUCAUUGUGUGCACAAUGUUGGUAUCAUGUAGUUGUAAUGGAAUUGGAUUCAAUUUCAUGGUAAUCAAUGGCUUGGACUCUGAGGCACAAUAGCAUAGUAUGUGUUCUGUUUUUAGAAAUCUGAGAGAUGAUUGCUGAA